AUAUUUGAUAUUUCUCUCUCAUUUUUAUGUAUUAUCUGCUCCGUUGUCCUCGGGGGCCAAUGGAAGAAGGUUUUAGGUUUUCAUCAUUGUUCCGGUCACGUAAUGAUGAUGUUGACUGAAAAUGGAUUGAAGUUUUUAGCGGAGAGAAUGGAUUUAACGUUAAACAAAGUUGAAAUGAGAAAUAUAGUUCAUGUAUGAGCUGAAUAUAGAUCAGUCAUUGGAAUUUCGGUUUGAAUAUAGCGAGAUGCAUUUGGAAUCUGAUUUGAGAGAGAUAUAGAGAUUCUAAUUUAGUGGUUUCUGAAGCGGAUUGCUUUCUCCAUUUUUUCUAUGCUGAAUUGGGUUCUUCUUCAGUGAUGUCAAAUCUAACAGGGAGAUUCUAGUUGGCACUUGGCAUGCCUUUGACGUGUUUAUGAAUUUGCCCAUAAGGACCAUAAUAUCUAACUUAUCUUCUUAAUCUAACUGCUUGUGUUAUAAUGGCAAAAAAGUUUGUGUUUUGAUGUGGACAGAGUUUGGUGGGAGGCAGUAUAUAGUGUGGUGUGUCAUGUGUGUGCAGAACUUCACAUGCAAUGUUGAUUCCCAGAGUGUAUUUUUGAAUUCUUUAUGUUCUUUCUAUUUAAGGCAAAAAAUUUAUUUUGAGGAAAAUGUGAGCAAAGAGAAAUUCCCAGUUUAUCUUGCCCUUACCCCAUCUAGGAACCAACUAAGCUGCUCGUGCAGGCAAUUGCCAGUUUAUCUGAUUGAAUUCCUUGCAUAUUAGAGAUUAUGAUGAUGAUUUGAGAUCUUAUUUGGAUAAUGGAUUUGUUAAAACUUUUUGUCAGCUGUGUGAUCUGUUUCUUGGAUAAUGGGGUCAUACUUGGACUUUAAGAACUUUGUGGAGACACCACAGCCAGAAGGUAAUGGAGGGAAGCCAGCCAGUCAUUUCCCUUUGGCUCGACAAUCUUCGAUAUACUCGUUGACAUUUGAUGAGCUCCAGACUACAUUUGGUGGACUUGGGAAGGAUUUCGGGUCUAUGAAUAUGGAGGAUCUUUUGAAGAGCAUUUGGACUGCCGAGGAAUCUCAACCGUUCCAGGCAUGUUGUGCUGGUGCAGGAGAUAAUGGUAGUGUCCCUGGUGGGAACUUGCAGAGACAAGGCUCUCUAACGCUGCCCAGGACGCUCAGUCAGAAAACUGUGGAUGAAGUGUGGAAAGACUUUCAGAAAGACACUGGUGCCACCAAAGAUUGUGGCUAUGGUGGAUCAAGCUUUGGCCAAAGACAAUCUACUUUGGGGGAAAUGACAUUGGAAGAGUUUUUGUUCAAAGCAGGGGUUGUAAGAGAAGAAAUGGUUCCAAAUAGUGUUGGAUUUGGCAGCAGUGUGACUCAGCUGAAUAGUAUGGGAUUUCAAGAACCAGGAAAACAAAUCACAGAUAAUAACAGUGCUGCAGCCAUUCCUGGUGCAUCUAAUCCAAUGCUUAGUGCAGGAGCCACCAGAUCUACCCAGCAACAACCUUUGCAGCAUCAUCAACAGCUUCAGCUUCACCAACCACUUUUUCCUAAACAGACAACCUUGGCCUUUGCCUCUCCAAUGCAAUUAGGAAACAAUCCUCAGCAGGCUAGCUCAGGAGCAAGGCGUCCUGCUCUUGGAAUGGUAAGUCCUCCACAUAACACUAAUCCUGUUCAGGGAGAACUUAUCCAAGGAAGUGCGAAUAGCAUGGCAGGAUUACGCCGCAAUGGGGCUGCAGCAGCAGGAGGAGGAAGAGGAGAAGGAUCCCCUGGAAUUCCAUUGUCUUCAGAUGUGGCUCUUAACAGUAAUCUGGGCAUGCCAUCACUAUCCCCUUCGCCUUAUGCAUUUAACGAAGGCGGGAGAGGGAGGAGAGCAUGUAACUCUAUAGAAAAGGUAGUGGAGCGGAGGCGUAAGAGAAUGAUUAAAAACAGAGAGUCUGCUGCAAGAUCACGAGCCAGGAAGCAGGCUUAUACCUUUGAGUUGGAAGCGGAAGUAGCAAAGCUUAAAGAAAUCAACCAAGAACUGAUGAAAAAACAGGCUGAAUUUCUGGAGAAGCGGAAAAAUCAGAUGAGGGAGAAAAUGUUUGUGCCAUGGGAAAGUAAACCAAGAUGCUUGAAGAGGACGCUUACUGGGCCUUGGUAAUAGAGUGGAAUGGAUGCAUAAAUUUAAGAUUUGUGCAAAGUCAGUCUCUAAUUAGAUUAGGAGGUUUAAUUUGGACAAUGUUCUUCAUGUAUAAAAUUGUUGUGAUCUGAAUUUCAGAUCUUGUUCUUCCCCUUAUAGCUAGCUAGCUAGCUAGCAUUGUGCAUAUAUAUAUCUGAGACUGCCAUUUCUGUAAAUUAUGGACAAUGAUUUUUUAAAACUAUCUUGUUUUUGUUUU